GCACAUCCUUAGAGUCAAAGGAAGGAUGUACAUACAGCAUCAUCCAAGGAACUGUAAAUGCCACAAGAUUAUGAAGAUUUGAGAUAUAUUAGAGAGGUGAAACACAGCGGCGACAUAUCGAAAGCCUGGAUUAGUUGCCUUUUCAUUUCAUUUCAUUUUGCCCAGCCUCCAGCAUGGGGACAGAGUGCAGUCGGCGGGGGUCCCUGGCGCUCACCCUCAACCUUGUGGCAUUUACGUGUGCCCUGUCAGCAGUGACCACCAGUUUCUGGUGCGAGGGGACCAGGAAGGUGGUCAAGCCCUUCUGCACGGGGCCGGUGACGACCAAGCAGUCAUACUGCAUUCGCUUCAACAGCAGUAACAUCAAUGACAGCCGGCUGGUGCAGUACAUCUGGGAGUCGGGAGAAGAGAAGUUCCUGAUGAGGAAGUUCCACACCGGCAUCUUCUUCUCCUGUGAGCAGGCUGCUGACAUGAAUGGUUUUAACUGCAGAGACUUUAAAGACAUUGCACCUGACCAUGAAAAAGGGGUCCUGUGGCUGUGUAUCACAGCUGAGUGUCUCUACCUCAUCCUGCUGUUCACGGGUGGUGUACUCAUGUGGUUAGAGCUGUGUCCUUGCCUCAGCGUCAUGAACAAGCUGAAGCUCAAUGCCUUUGCUGCCAUGUUCACCGCCCUGUCAGGCCUUUUGGGGAUGGUUGCCCACAUGAUGUUCACCACGGCCUUUCAGAUAGCUGUGGCUAUGGGCCCGGAGGACUGGAGGCCCAAGACCUGGGACUACAGCUGGUCCUACAUUUUAGCAUGGAGCUCCUUCGCCGCCUGCAUGGCUUCUGCGGUGACAGCACUGAACAGGUACACCAAGACCAUCGUAGAGUUCAAGUACAAGCGGCGGAACAUUGAGAAGAACCUGAGGAUCAAGCAGAAGCUGCUGGAGAUGGACCUGCCAGAGCAGAUGUGGGACAUGUACCUGACAGCUGUGCCUGCAGGGGGAGGAGGAAAUGCUGGACCUCUGGACCUCCCCGUCAAUGGGCACAAACCCUCCACUGGAGCAGCCUAUGUAGUGGGCCUGGACAGCAUGACAGAACCACAGGGAGAGGCCUACUGCUAA